AUGUCUGAGAAGAGAUUUGAAGAUCCGCCUGUUGGCGAGAAGGAUAUUGGGUAUGGAGAGGCGCCCAGAGCUUCGGCGAGCCGGCGGAGGAGUUCGAUCGUCACCCCGGAGGUGCUUGCUGGGGAGAUCUUCGACGAGCGAUAUGAGCGUACGCAGAGGGGUCUAAAGUCGAGACACGCCCAGAUGAUCGCUCUCGGAGGCACAAUCGGCACCGGUCUUUUCGUCGGAAGCGGUCAGACGCUCAAUCGCGGUGGUCCUGCCUUCAUCCUGGGCUCUUACAUCUUCAUGUCCUACCUGAUCUUGUGCGUCGUGUCCUGCAUCAUCGAAGUCGCGGCCUAUCUGCCCACCCCUGGCUCCUCGAUGAACUUGUUCGGUUACCGGUACGUCUCGCGGUCCAUGGGCUUUGCGCUCGGCUGGCUGUACUUCUACUCGCUUGGCAUCUUGGUCCCGUAUGAGAUUACCGCCGCUGGUCUCGUCAUCGAAUACUGGAGCCCCCCGGUCAACAUCGCCGUCUGGAUUUCCAUUAUGAUCGUCGUCAUCGUUGGACUGAAUGCGCUUCCUGUCAGGUUCUACGGCGAGACGGAGUUCUGGUUUGCUGGCACCAAGGUCAUCAUGAUGACUGGCUUACUGAUUCUGUCUUUCAUUCUCUUCUGGGGCGGUGGGCCAAACCAUGACCGUCUUGGUUUCAGAUAUUGGAAGCAUCCCGGUGCGGCGAAUACGUAUCUGGCAUCUGGCGACACAGGACGUUUCCUUGCUCUCCUAUCUACUCUGGUCCUUUCCGCCUUCCCGUUCACUUUCGCCCCUGAACUCUUGAUCGCGACUGGAGGCGAGAUGCGGAGCCCGAGAAGGAAUCUGCCCAUUGCUGCUCGACGAUACAUCUUCCGUCUCGUGUUCUUCUACGUUGGAUGUGUCCUUGCCAUCUCAGUUAUCUGCCCGUCAGACGACCCAGCCAUCACGAGCGGAGGGGCCGGCGCGGGUGCUUCUGCCUUCGUCGUCGGCAUCAGGAACGCCGGAAUCCCCGUUCUCGACUCCAUCAUCAACGCCGGUAUCAUCAUCAGCGCCUGGUCGUCCGGAAACUCAUUCUUAUAUCUCUCCUCGCGCUCGCUGUACGCGCUUGCUCUUUCCGGAAACGCGCCCUCCUUCUUCAAGGCCUGCACGAAGAGCGGCGUCCCCUACUGGGCCGUGACCGCCUCCUCGCUCUUCUGCGGCCUCGCCUAUCUCAACGUCGCCUCGAGCUCCGCCGUCGUGUUCAACUGGUUCGUCAACCUGACUAACACGUCCGGCUUCAUCUCCUGGAUCUGCUGCGGCAUCAUCUACCUGCGCUUCCGCAAGGCGUGCGAGGCCCAGAACAUCACCGACCUGCCGUACAAGAACAUGUUCGGCCGGUUCGGCGCCUGGUGUGCCAUCGUCGGCUUCGUCUUCCUCUGCCUCAUCAACGGCUUCAACGUCUUCUGGCCCCAGAUCUGGAAUCCCAGCUCCUUCUUGACCGCGUAUAUUGGGAUUCCGAUCUUCCUGAUCAUCUACUUCUCCCAUCGUAUUUGGGCCUGGAGCGAUCCGUGGGCGUAUCCGCCCGAGGAGGUCGAUAUGCAGACGGGCAUGGUGGAGGUGCUGGCUGAGGAGACGCCGCCGAGGAAGAUCGAGGGGUCUUGGUGGAAGAAAUUCACGCUGAUCUGGCAGUAG